UGUUCCAUUCGCGACUAUAAAAUGAGCCAGUUUGUUUUCAAAUUGGUCAGUUGUCGCAGUACAUUCAACAGUCAACCAUCCACCAAUAGUUGCCAUGGCCUCAAGGAUUGUAUUAGCCCUAGCCACAGUUGCUCUAGUCAGUGCCCAAUACCAAAAUUACGGUUAUGGCCAGAACCAGGGUCAAGGCGGUCAAGGCGUCAAUCAAGGUAAUCAAAAUGGCCAACAACAACAAAACGGUUUUCAAACGCAACAGUACCAUCCAACCAACUACCCUACGGCACCGGUGGCAGCAUCGUUCCAAUCCCAAAAUCAACAACAAGGUCAACAAAUUCAACCAUUUACAGUAGCCGCUAACCAAAUUCAGGAGCCGUACGAUCCUUAUCCUCAAUACGCUUAUGCCUACGAUGUCCAUGAUCCAUCCACAGGAGAUAUUAAGAAUCAACACGAAACUAGGCACGGUGAUAGCGUAAGAGGCCAGUACAGUUUAACCGAACCGGAUGGUUCCAGAAGGACCGUGGAUUAUUCUUCAGACCCUAAUACCGGAUUUAACGCGAUUGUUCGCAGAAACGGACAGCAAGUUCACGGACAAUAGUUUCGAUAUUUCAGAUUGAACGACGAAACUUGAGUACGAUUGGAUUGCUUGGACCACGUCCGCAUUGACUAUUUUGAUAAUGUGACUAUUUUAAACUGCCUGUAUCAUGCAAUAAAGAAAAAAAAGAAUACACAAAUUAUGUUUGAAA